AUGGACGGGAAACGCGAAGAUGUCUCGCGGGCGUCGCCGGCCGUCGCGGCCUCGGCGCGUGGCGACGAGGGAAAAAACUCCGCCACAAAUGGAGUUAAAGUCGAAUCUCAGAUGUAUCAACAGUUGAGGAAGCUCAUCAACGUCGUGGACGAACUCAGAGAUGUCGGCCUUCAGCAGUUUAUCCAGUUGCCGAGGAUCUGUGUCGUGGGGACACAGUCCGCAGGCAAGAGCUCGGUCUUGGAAGCUAUCGUCGGUUUGGACUUUUUACCACGUGGCGAUGGAGUUGUCACACGGCGGCCUCUCGAACUGCGUCUCGUUCAUCUCUCCGAGGCGGAGCAUGAUUUGAACGAGGCAUACGCGGUUUUUGAGAACGACAAAGGGAGGAAGAUUCGCGACUUUGAACAAGUUCGACAAGAAAUUGACCGCUUGACAGACCAAGUGGCUGGCAAAAACAAAGGCAUCAUCGACAGCCCAAUCGUUCUCACGAUUUACGCGACGCAGUGCCCCGACCUCUCUCUCAUCGAUCUCCCGGGAAUCACGCGCGUGCCGCUCAAAGGCUCUGAUCAGUCCGAAGACAUCGAGAUGCUGACGCGACAAAUGGCCCUUCGAUACGCUUCGGAUCCCCGGACAAUCAUUCUCGCGGUUAUUCCCGCGAACGUCGACAUGUCCACCUCGGACGCGCUUCAGAUGUCGCGGCGCGUCGACCCUCGCGGCGUGCGAACCAUUGGAGUCAUCACAAAAAUCGAUUUAAUGGACCGAGGAACAGAUGCCGCCAAGAUGCUGAUGGGAGAAGAAAUUCCGCUGAGACUGGGCUACACCGGGGUGCGCAACAGAUCUCAAGCAGAUAUCCGAGAAGGGAAGUCUGUGCGCGAGUGCCUGGAAGAAGAAAAGACGUAUUUCGCGACGCAUCCGACGUACCGUCUCUUGCCGCCGCAUCUCGUCGGGGUUCACUCCCUCGUGGACAAACUUACCAAAGUCCUGUUCCGCCACAUCAAAAAUUUCCUUCCCGAAAUUAAACGCGAAAUCGCGAGCAAAACGCGAGUCGUCCUCGACCGCCUGCAGGAACUCGGCGAGGGAGUGCCGCUGGAGCCGUCGGAGCGGGCGCAGCUGCUGUGGACGGCCAUCACAGACUACGUUGAGAUUUUCAAAAACACCAUCCGAGGGAAAUACGACAAACGCCUUCAGAUGUACUUUGACCACCAGAAGGAUAUCACCGGCGGCAGUCAGAUUCGCACGAUUUUCAACGAGUUGUUGGAGGAGUUUAACGACAGGAAAGUGACAGAAGACAUCAGCGACUACGAGAUCGACGUGGCUAUUCGUCUCCACGAGGGCGACUCUCUCCCCGGUUUCCCGUCUCCGGACACGUUUGAGUAUUUGAUUCUUCCGUACUUGAAGCGAAUCCAGUCGCCAGUUAUGGAGUGUCUGGAUCGCGUGUCGCAAACUCUGGAGCUCCUGAGUCAGAAGAUUGCGAAUCGGGUGUUUGGGCGUUUCCCGGCGUUGGCCGAGAAGGUUCUGGAGAUGUCGCAGGAGAUUCUGAUUCGGGAACGCGACCACACGAAGGCGAUUCUGCAGCAGAUCGUGGACGCAGAGACGGGCUAUCUGUUCACGAACGACGCAAAGUACCUCUCGGAGCACGGAAGCAUGAUCAGUCAGGAGUCGCCAGAACAAGUCCCGGGAGCGUACGCCCAACAGGGCACAGGCGCCGUGCAGCUCUACGGGGCGGACGGCCGCCCCGUUCAGUUGGGCCCCGACGGGAAACCGAUCCCCCCGCCAACGCAUGCAGAGCGCGCGCAGCAAAUGCUCUCGAGCAUGCAGCAAAGCGUGACGACAAUGUGGGCGCAGGGCGGCCGCGAGAAGAAGAAAACCGUCUACAGCGAGCAGUUCAUUCGCGAGAUCCGCCGCCGCCUGGACUCCUACUUCGCCCUCGUCCUGCGCAACGUCCGGGAUUCCGUCCCGAAGACGAUUGGUUUCUUUUUGGUUCGCCAACUGCAAGAAAAGCUCCAGUUUGAAAUUUACAACCAACUCAACGACGAGACGCAGUUCUCCGCUCUUCUGGGCGAGCCUCCUCACAUCAUGGAGGAGCGCCGGGCGUUGAUGUCUCAGCUCCAGACUCUGAAGCGCGCGUCGGCAGUUUUGCAGCGAGAUCCGACGAUUGCGGCUCUGAAUCUGGACUCCGUGGACGAGAACUUUGACCGGGAUCUCCGCGACUUGCAGCGAGACGCGAGCAGUCGAGCGCUACCCAAUCUCCAGUCCUUCUCCGCACCGAGCGGGGGAAGUGCAGGCGACGGCCGCGGCCAGAUGUUCGGGGGCGGCAUCCAGCAGAGACCAGACGGCGCAGUCAACGGCGCGUACAUGGGUAGCUCCCAGAGACCCAACGGACACGCCACGUCUUCAGCUUCGCCUACAGCUCCUGGGUCUAACGCGAGCGACGCGGGCAGUUUCUCGCCGGUAACGGGCGGCAUGGUUGCGGCGGGUUCUCUUCCCGACAAGACGCGCACGCUCGUCUCAUCAGGUGUUUUCGGAGACCAAAAAGGCGCCUCGGCGUCUGCAGCCAAGCACGUCUUUGAAAAAGUUAAAUUCCAGGCGGCGAACAAUCCCCUCUUCAGCGACUGA